AUGGUCGCUUUAGUGAUCGACACCCCGGGGGAUCCGCCAACUGAAACCUCCAACCCGGCCAACCCUACCUCAAUCACCCCUGACCCAUCAGAUUUCGCUGCCUUCAAGAAUGCCAUCCAGCAAGGAGACAUUGAGGCUGUUCGGGGCCUCAUUGACAAAGGCGUUGACGUCAACAGCUGGCUCCCAAGGGAAGGCACCGUCCUACAAAUUGCGCUGAAAGUGGCAGAGCCUCGAAUCGAGUGCGUUCGCAUGCUUCUAGACAAUGGCGCGAGUAUUUACAGUAGGGGUGGUACCCAUCAAAACGCACUGGCAAUAGCCGUGGGCAAUGACCUUGACGACGUGAUGGACCUCAUGGUGCAGGGAGGAUACGUGCGGAACGAGGCUGAACUGCCACCAGAUCAACGCCUUGACUCUGACAUGACUAUUCUCCACGUCGCCGUCUCUUACAGAAAUGGACGGACCUUGAAACGCCUGCUUGAGUCGCCUGCGAAGGAGAUGAUCGAUCACCAAAACAUCUGGGGCCGAACUCCGCUGCACUACGCAACCCAGACUUACCAUAAUCCCUUCGAUUGGGCCCGACGUCGCUUUGGUAUCAAUGCAAAGGGAUGCUCUACUCCUAAAAGUACCGAAUGCGAGAUUUCCCAACUCCUCGUAGACAAUGGGGCCAGGGCCGACAUUUCUGACAUCUUGGGCUUCACCGCCCUGCGGAAUUCUUUUGAGAACUUCGACACUUAUGAUGUGGCCCAGAUAGUAUUUCCAGCGGCUUUAGUGGACAUGUCGCGAUGGGCUGAAACGACGAGAUAUGUAUUGGACAGGCCCGAGACACAUAUCCUCUACAAUGAGAGAGGCGCAAGCUUUAUUACGACCAGCGAUCUGAACAGACUGAAGGCUUCGGAGACAUCCGAAUCAACCUUCACCCGCUUUUUACUCUUCCAGAUGCUCCCAAGUCGAGAACCAAAUGUCAACACAACCAGCCUAUUGAUACUUAACGAACACCAAUGUCUGCCCACUCAAAAACGGGGCCUCUCUUGUUCGCGGUGGCAUCGCGCUGAAGGCACACGCUAUCCUAAUGUCCAGUGGAAACUGCGCCAGGGCUGGAUGCCGACAAAGUCCGACUUUGAAACGCUCAGAGGCGAUUCCACUUUGCACGAUUUCAUUGACUGUCAAUUCAUCACAACCUAUCCCAGGCUACGCCCAAAAAACGCAGGCGACCAGCUUUUUUCGUCCUAUACGCAACUAGGCAGUAGCAGCAUCGAGCUCGCUCGUCGUUCCCAUGUUCUCUUGUGGACAAUGGUGUGGUCGGGCGAAGGUCACGAUGGAUGGGAUGGAACCAGGUACAUGAUGCUGAAAACGACAGCUCUCAUAACCAGCUGCCAAGACGUAGAGCCGGCGUUCAAUCGUUCGACAAUCUUAAAGUCCAGAGGAAAAGACCCUCAAGUCAUCGACCGUCUCCUCGAAGACGCAUUGUCAUGGGUUCAAGUAGAGGAGAUUGCCAACGAGCAGAAGAGCGACCUAUCUGAAUUGCGAGCCUUGUUCGUUGUGGGCCAACAUUGGAAGCCACAAGAAAGAAAAAUCCCAGUCCGUGAUCCGAGCGACAUAGAAGAUUGGGAAAGGUUCGGUGCCGCGGUUAGUGAGUUUUGCGAUUAUCUCGCGGCAGGUGUCAAGAAUCUAAGAGACACGUCUCAAGAGCUUAUUGGGCUGGAAUUCAACUUGACCUCCAUUAGGGAAGCUCAAAAGUCCACGUCAACAAGCGUGAGCAUGAAGCGUCUCAGCUGGAUCACGUUCAUCUUUCUCCCACUGACUUUUGUUUCGAGUCUUUUCGGUAUGAAUGUCAACGUUCUAGAGUCAAACCCGCCCUGGUGGAUUUACCUCCCCUUUGCGUUUUCAACUCUGGGGCUGACAAUGGUUGUGUGGCUCACAUUUAAGCGCUACCCAUCUAUUGAAGACAAGGCCGAGAGGAUGUUUCGGAAGGUAGCGGGCUGA